UUCUUAAAUUAAUACACAACAUAUCUCUGUCUUGUAAGGUUAAGUUCCUUUCAAUCCCCAACAAAAAUACCGAAAGCUUUCUCUCUUUCCUCACAAGCAAAACCCAAAAGGCCGAACUCAAAUACCUAAAACAAAUAAAACGCAAGAGACCCACCACCCUUCUGGCCACAGCUCACGCUCACCACCACUGCCGCCAUGACUCCUCGCGGCAGCCGUAGCUCUCAAUCUCUACCGUUACUGAUCCUUCUCUUUUCUAUACUAAUCUGCAUUCUCUUCUUCUUUACUAUUUCUUAUCUUAUCUCUUCCUCAUCAUCUAAUUAUAACAAGCUUAGACCCAGUACAGUAAAGAAGAGUUGGGACUCUCUCAAUGUGUUUCUUGUAUUGUUUGCAAUCCUUUGUGGGAUCUUUGCUAGAAGAAAUGAUGAUGAUUCUGCUCCUUCCGGUGAUCACAGUAAUAGCAGCAGCGUUUUACAUAAUAAUAGUAAUAAUAAUAAAGAACGCGACCAUGCUGUUUCAAAUCACAGUCAUUGGCUUGACGAUAAUCAGUUUGCAUCAGCUACACCGAUGAGGAGGUUAAAGAGGAGCAGCAGUUCCUAUCCAGAUCUCAGGCAAGAAUCUUUGUGGCAAUCCGGUGAUGAUAUCGAUCGGUUCAGGUUCUUUGACGAUUUUGAAUUAAGCAAGUUUAGGUCAUCUGAAUAUAGUCAUAAUAAUAUUUAUCAUCAUCGUAGACAAAGGAGUUAUGUGUUUGAUCAAGAUUCUACUACUGUCAAGGAAAUUCCUGUUGAUACUUACGUGCUCCGUUCUUCACCACCAAAGUCGCCGGCUCCUCCAUCGCCACCUGCACCAGCACCUCCACCUCCACCUCCACCGCCACCACCCCCACCGCCAGCAACAACAAAUAAUCACAAACAGAGGCGAAGUUAUAAAACAGUUCCUCGUAGAGAGGAUGAGCGCGAUCAUUUCACAAGAGUAAAUAAUCCACCACCAGCGCCACCACCGCCUCCACCAGCCCCGCCAGUUGUGAAUCGAUCACAGGAUAAGUACAGGAGAAACGAACGUAAGAAGAGUAAUGCCACUCAGGAGAUAAAGAUGGUUUUUAUUUCAUUAUAUCAUCAGAGUAAAAGGAAAAAGAAACAGAAAACAAGAAACUUAUACAAUGAUCAUAUACUUCAGUCUCCUUCCAGUGAACCACCAUUGUCCUUUGCUGUACCUCCGACACCGCCGCCGCCGCCUCCUCCGCCACCUCCACCACCAUCAGUCUUCCAUAAUUUUUUCAGAAAAGGAAGCAAAAGUAAACGAAUUUAUUCAUUCUCUGCACCGCCACCUCCACCACCACCACCUCCUCCACGAACGACAACACUGUCUUCAUCAAAGCGGUGGUCCAAACGUAAAGCGCCGCCGCCACCUCCACCGCCUCCGCCAGCACCGUCAACACCGCCAAGAGCGCCAACACAACGGAGAAAUCAUACAGCAACUACCGGUCGGCCACCGUUGCCGACAAGAGUUAAUAAUAAUAAUUGGUAUGAGGAAAAUGUGAAUAGUGGCGGGCAAUCUCCGCUUAUUCCAAUGCCGCCACCGCCUCCACCUCCGCCGUUCAGAGUGCCAGGUUUUAAAUUCGCGGUGAAAGGAGAUUAUGUUAAGGUGCGAAGCGCGCAUAGUUCACGAUGCAGCUCACCAGAGUUAGAGGAGGUUGACAGGCAGUCAACGGAUACGGUCAACAUGAUGGAGGGUGGAUCUGUGUUUUGCCUCAGCCCAGAUGUUAAUCUUAAGGCUGAUUCUUUUAUUGCUCGGCUAAGAGGAGAAUGGAGGCUGGAGAAAAUCAAUUCGUUAAAGAAUAGAAGCAUGGGCCUAGGCCCAGAUUCAGGUCCAGCAUCGCUAUGAAACUGACAGAAGUUUGCAUUUUGCGGGUACGAUCCGUGAUGCACAAAGAAAAGAAAAAGUUUUAACACAUAAUGCAAAAUAUUAUAUAAUAUAAAAUAAUAUAAUAUGUAGUAGGAUGGGUCUCUGGGUAUGUUUUUUCAAUUACCUUAUGGAGAUCCCUUUUAUAGAGAAUGUGGAUUGGAGUUUCUUUUCUUCUUCUUGUUAUUAUUUUUGUAAGCUUGGAAUGUGCUGUUGCAUUAUGAGUUCAUGAAAGAUAGAGUUGAUGUAUAGGAAGGAAAAAGUACCUUAGUGAGAUGGAAGGCUCUGGUUGUGUUUUUUAGUCACAUUUUGGAGCCACACUUUUUAGAGUUUGAUGAGAGUCGAAUACCAAGUUUGGAUUGUUUGAUGGUUUUACACAA